AUGUCAUAUAAACUCACUAGAGAAGACGUCACCUGGGGAGUUGAGGAGUCUGCGGCCAUUCGGGCUGCCGGUAAUCCCAAUCCAGCCGUCCUUCGUGCUCUGUUGGAUUACCAUAAAAGAAAACUUCGUGAACUAGCAGGGUGCUCUCCCAAUGCAAAUAUCAGCGGCGGCAACAUGGGCACCUACGAAUCUCCGCUCACGGCUGCCAUUCGCGUGAAUUCAUCAGAAAAUGUUCGGACGCUUCUGGCCCGUGGCGCAGAUCCCACAGGCAUCCACAUUUGGGAUUUAUCUGACUACUCUGCGAGGUUCAUGCGUGGUCGAGACGCCAAAGUCGACGUCUCGAGUUUUGGCCCGUGCCCUUCACGACUACAUAUUCUAGAAGUCGCAAAGAGCAAGGGAAUCACCGAGCAGACACAGCCAUUGACACAAGCCGAACUGGAUGAGCGGCGCACCAGCUUUCCACGAUUUUGGACUGAGCCAAAUGUCCCAGGCCAGCGACUGAGGAUGAACAAAGGCAUCACAGCUUUAGAAGUGGCUGCUGGCCUGGGCUUUGAGGAUCUCUUCGCGCUGGUUCGCGAAGCGGGAGCAGAUGGGUCUGCCUGGAUCAGCGCUUCCGGCCAAGCCAACUUCGAUGACACUAAGCCAUCGUCCCUAAGCAUCACAUCCCCUAUCCACGAAGCCAUUGAACAUGGUCAACACGCUAUGCUCGAACGGCUACUCAAUACAUAUCGCUAUUCUCCCAAUUAUCGGGCAAUGGCAGCUCCCACAGUUGCCUUUCCGCCGCUUUCUUUUGCACUGGGUCGAUGCGAUCCAAAUGAUCCCAAUAUCCGGGCCUGUAUCAAACAUCUUCUCGCGCACCCGGAUAUCGACUUAAAUCUCCGCACGCCUAUCUUCGAAAUUCAUCCACUUCAUUUGGCAGUUGCUCGCCAUGACCCUGAACUCCUAUCCUUUCUCCCUAUGCCACUCUCCAGCGCAGGCACGACGGCUUUGGGUCAUACAUUGCUUCACAUCGCCUCGCUCCCACUUACCUCAAUGUCCAUGAACCGAGAAAUCCCAGAUGCCGUGCGAAGUGUUCACUGCGCCCGCACCCUAGAUUCUCAGUGGCUUCCGCAUUCACAACCCAGCCCGCUGCACUUGGAAACAACAAAAGGAGUCGCCAUCGAAGUGCCAUUCACCCCUAUCGAUCCACCGACACCAUUGACUCCUGCUGAGCAGGAUGCACAACUCAGCACUCUUCGCGUGCUUGCUGAUGCGAGGAUCGAUGUACGCGCCCAGGAUGUGGAUGGAAACACUGCAUUGCACUAUCUUUCCACUGCCUUGAAUGGUGAUCCCAGAGCCAUGCAACUAUUACGGGAGAUGGAAGGGGGCGAAGAAGUCUACAAUAGUUGCAAGAAUCGGGAGGACCUGACGCCCCGUGCCCUGUGGGAAGCUUGCAACGCUUCGUGA